AUGGCAUUACCGCAGCAAAAUGGACCGCUUGAUCCAGGGAAACUCGAGGGAAAUCAAGGGAAAGUUUGGAAUGAAUCACCAGUGCCCCCAUCGGGUAUCGGAAUCGAUCCCCAAUCCGAUUUUCUUUCGCCAAAUGAACCCCCGCCUCCAUAUUUUCCUGAUCAGACAGGUGCCACUGUUUUGCCGGGUCCCAUUGUCGUGAUCGCUCAGCCGACUUGCUCAACCGUUGAUGCGGAAUUGGAGGCCUGUCGGAGGAAUAAGAGUAAACGCUAUCGUCACGAUUCGACAUGUUCGAUGGUGGAAACGGAAACGCAUUGUCUUCUAUGUUGUUGUUUCGGUCCCCGUUGCAGUGGAGGUGGCGGUUGUUGCAGUGGAGGAUGCAAUUGUGGCGGUUGCACUUGUUCGGGUGGUGGUGGCGGUGGAGGAGAUGGGAAAGCUGGCCUCAUUCUCCUCGUCGUUUUGGUGCUAUUUUUGGGGGAGAUGUCGGACAAGCCGGAGAGCAGCAAGACUCAACUCAAAGGGGAUAUCAUCGAAUCAUUGUUCCAAAAGGAUUUCUUGUCACAGUUACCAGAGGAGAUUGCGUUUCACAUAAUCGCUUAUUUGCCACCGUGCGAUUUGAUGGUUUGUGCUGGCGUUUCGCGGACGUGGCAGCGAAUUUGUGAAGAUGAUCGAACGUGGCGGCAGAAAUGUUUGGAGCAAGGAUAUGUGGAGUUUGAUGCGCCAAGCUUUCGUUUUCUCGGAGGCUGGGCGACGAAUCGAGCAAAUGAGGAAGCGGGAAUCACCAUCUUCUCACAAAUGGACCUUCAAGCAGCACAUCAAAAUCGACGAGAACGCGAGAUCGCAUAUGGACAAUGUUUUGAGCGAUCGCCCUGGAAGUCACUGUACUUGCGAAAGCAGCGAAUCAUUUCCAAUUGGCGAUCCCGAGCGAUUCAAUCAAGCACUGUUCUAAAGGGCCACGAUGAACAUGAGAUCACUUGUCUAGAAAUUCACUCUGGUCAUGUCGUUACUAGUUCAGAUGAUAAUAAGUUGCGGGUUUGGAAUGUUGAUGAUGCUGAACUGGCUUUCACUCUAACUGGCCAUAUGGGUGACAUUUGGACUAUUCUAGAGAGCGAUGAUGGCAAAUACAUUUUCAGUGGCUCGUCUGAUCAAACCGUGCGCGUUUGGUGUGGUCAAACCGGUGCCCAGCUUCAUGUUCUGCAGGGGCAUACGGAUACUGUUACCUGCAUGAGUCUACAGGGCACAACUCUUGUUUCUGGAUCAGACGAUGGAACGCUCCGAGUCUGGGACAUUGUCGACGGGAAAUGCCUUCACAUUUUGACUGGUCACUUGGAGGAGGUUUGGUGUGUGCAAUUUGAUGGAAUUCGGGUUGUGUCUAGUGCUGCUGAUUUUACUGUAAAGGUUUGGAAUGUGCAGACGGGGGAGUGUUUGCACACGCUGACGGGUCACACAUCUACAGUCGAUUCACUUUUAUUUGAUCCGGAUCGCGAUCUUGUCGUCUCGGAAAGUCGGGAUAGAACGAUACGCGUCUGGGAUGUGCGAAGAGGAACAUGCGUCGCGAUUCUUGACACUCAUAAAAGUUCCCGCUCUGACAUGGGGCUGCAAGGAAACCAUUUGGUCUUCUGCAAUGCCGACUCGGGCGUACAGGUUUGGGACAUUCGUGACGGUGGUUCGUGCAUUCAUCGCCUGCAUGGCCGAAAUGGUCACACGUCGGGCAUUACUUCAUUGCAAUUGCUCGACUCGGGACUUUUGGUGACAAGUUCUUAUGAUGGCUCGGUCAAGCUGUGGGAUUUGGAAAAAGGUAUCUUUGUUCGUGACCUCCUUCGUCUUCAGGCAGACCGUUUG